AUGGCCGCUCUUUGCACUCUCACGUCACAUAGUGGUGUGGUAGUGUGUGGAAAGGGUUUAUCUAGGGUUUAUCCAGGUGUCCGCUUCACUAAGUACGCAGUACUUGGUGACGACGUAGUGAUCGCUGACAGUUCUGUUGCUAAAGUCUAUGAGGCAAAUCUUCAUCGACUGAAUGUUAGUAUCAGUUACCAAAAGUCUCUGAUAUCUGACUCGGGAGGUGCUGAGUUUGCGAAGCGAUUUAGAGUGAAAGGGCUUACCAAGGACUUAAGUCCGGUAUCGGCCCGAUUGCUGUGCAACUUCUUUCAUCCUUAUGAAUUGGUCUUUAUUGGGCACAAGUAUAAGUGUGCUCAAUUUUUGACCCUUUGUAGGGUUGGAGGGAUGGGGUACCAACAACGGUCUCGCUUAGAGACUCGUUGGUCUGCAAGGGCUGAACGUCUCUUUGUGAUGUGGAAUAAAGCUCUAUUGUGGCUAGGCCGAGGCCUACCCUUAAGCCCGUAA